CGCUGCCAUGGCCGCCGCCGCCCGGGCCCGCUCGCUGCGCCGGGGCUCGCCGUGACACAUGUACUUGAAGCGGCCGGCGGCCGGCCUGGCCUUCUGCCUCUUCUACCUGGCCUCCUGCUUCACCAACAAGUAUGUCCUGUCUGUCCUGAACUUUACCUACCCUACCCUUUUUCAAGGGUGGCAGACCUUAGUGGGUGGACUUCUGCUUCACAUCUCCUGGAAGCUGGGCUGGGUGGAGAUCAACUUGUGUUCAAGGUCUGAAAUCCUGUCCAGGCUUCCUGCUUCAGUUCUCUUUGUUGGUGUUAUCUAUGCUGGCUCUAGGGCCCUGUCUAGACUGCCUGUUCCAGUGUUCCUCGCCCUGCACAGCGCCGCAGAAGCUCUGCCCUGGGGGUUCCAGAAGUUUGUGCAGAAAGAGCAGACCUCUCACCUGAAAGCCUGUAGCGUGCUGUUCCUGCUGGCAGCAGCAGCCUGCCUGCCUGCGUGUGACACACAGUUUGAUCCAAAUGGUUAUCUGUGGGCCCUGAUCCACCUGCUCUGUGUUGGGGCUUACAAAGUGUGUCACAGGCUCUGGAAGCCCAGCUCCUUAAGUGAUCUGGACCAGCAGUACCUCAACUAUGCCUGCAGUGUGGUGCUCUUGGCCUCUGCAUCCCAUCCAGCAGGUGAUCUCCUCAGUGCCUUGGACUUUCCAUUCCUGUACUUCUACAGGUUUCAUGGCAGCUGCUGUGCCAGUGGGCUGCUGGGAUUCCUCCUGGUGCUGCACACAGUGAAGCUGAAAAGCAGCACAACCUCAGGGCAGUAUGCAGCGUGGAGCUUCCUUGCCAAGGUGCUCACUGCUGGCCUCUCACCCUUCUUCUUUGCCAUGAGUGCCAAUGUGCUGACCAUUGCUUGCCUUGUGGUCGGUGGAGCUGGAGAAGCUUUGCUGGUGUACACUGAAAGGACAGGCACAUAGAGGAGCCAGCUCCCACCAGCUGGAAGAGAGCUGCCUUGCAGCCUGGAGCUGACCAAACCAGGGCAGCAGGAGUGAAGAAGUGCAACCAAACCCAAGGGAAGAGACCUCCUGGUUUCAUUAAGGCAGCCAAAACGAUGCUCUGAGUAGUGCUGGCAAGUGUGUGGCUGCCAGGCUGCCUGGGGGCCCUGGCCUCAGAGCACAGGGCAAGGGCCUGGUGGUGGCUGUGGCACUGCAGUGGCUCAUGCUUGGCUCUGUGUGCACAGGGCCCUGAGCUCAGGGGAAGCAGCAUUCCCACUGGGUGCCCUCAGCUGUCUGUUGGAAGCUGACAGCAGGUUGGACCAAAGAAUGUCAGAGCCCAGAGCAUCCUGCUCUGAAUUCAGGGCCAGGAGCUUUGCCUCCAGCUGUUCUGUAAGCAGCAGACUGACACACACAGCUCUGCUGCCACCUCUGGGAGCUGGCACAGUGGCUGAGGCCAUGGGCUUCUGGAACCAUGGCACUUGGGCAGCUCUGCAGGACGAGGCCAUCAGAAAUAAACCUCAGUCUCUGCUCUG